CCUUGCCUUCGCCUUUCCUCUCGCUCCCCUCCUCUCCUUUCGCAUCCCCAUCGCAUCACACCACGACUCCACACCGCCGGUUGGCUUCGCUGCUCCGACCUCGAUCUUCCACCUCCCGCCUCCGCCUCGUGAAGCGCGUGGGGACUGGGCCUCUGGGGUUCGCCUCUCGGCGCGGCGGCCGAGUGCCUGCGUCCUCUACGGAGAGGGAUCGGCGGCGGGGAUGGCGAGGGAGCGGCGGGAGAUAAAGAGGAUAGAGAGCGCGGCGGCGCGGCAGGUCACGUUCUCCAAGCGCCGCCGCGGCCUCUUCAAGAAGGCCGAGGAGCUCUCCGUGCUGUGCGAUGCCGACGUCGCGCUCAUCGUCUUCUCCUCCACGGGGAAGCUCUCCCAGUUCGCCAGCUCCAGUAUGAAUGAGAUCAUUGACAAGUACAACACACAUUCUAAAAACCUGGGGAAAGCAGAAGAGCCUUCUCUUGACUUGAACUUAGAACAUAGCAAAUACGCAAAUUUGAACGAGCAACUUGUGGAAGCAAGCCUUAGACUCAGGCAGAUGAGAGGUGAAGAACUUGAGGGAUUGAGUGUUGAAGAACUCCAGCAAUUGGAGAAGAACCUGGAAACUGGUCUGCACAGGGUGCUUCAAACAAAGGAUCAACAAUUCUUGGAACAGAUCAGCGACCUUGAACGGAAGCAUCAAGGUCAAGGGGGAGGAAGAAGCAGGCAGCAGGGAAGAGUGAGGAGGAAGCAAGCAGUAGCGGGCUACUUGGAUUGGAGCUGGAAUGGGGAGGAAGAAGCAGGCAACAUGGAAGAGGGAGGAGGAAGCAGCAGGCAGCAGGGAAGAGGGAGGAGGAAGCAGCAAGCAGCAGGAGCAGCAGCUCAGUAGCUGACGGCUGGAGUGGAAGUGAGGACUGAGAAGAGAGUGGGGGUGAAGUUAUAAGGGAAACCCUAAUGGGCCUGACCCAAUUAAAUAAUAUCCUUUCAAAAGCAGACCAUCUGCCAGUCAACUUUGAUCGGUCAGGAGGCCUGAUCGGACGAUUAAUCAUGAUUAAUCGACGAUUAAUCAUGAUUAAUCGACGAUUAAUCGGACGAUCAGGUUUCUGAUCGCUCUAAUCGAAUCGAAGGCCCUAAUCGAGUGCUACAGACCGAUAAGGACGAUUAAUCGUGAUUAAUCGCGAUUAAUCAAACGAUCAGAAAACACUGCCCUAUGAUCUGUUACAUCCACCACGUUUAUCUUGUAAACUGUCAUAGCAUAUUUGUUACUUUGGUUGAUCUAGUGAAUGGUUGCUGCCAAUACAUGAUCCAACUCAUGUGAUUUUGGUAUGAAAUACUGGAAUCUGGAACUAGUCUAGAAUACAUGAAAACCAUUUGUAUGAAAUAAGGAUUGAGUGAAUGUUACAUGAAAACCAUUUGUAUGAAAUAAGGGUUGAGUGAAUGUAGGUGUUUAA